UGGCAGCCCGAGGUCUGGCUGCGCGCAGUAUAUGACAGUACGUCAGCAGCGGGAUGGCCGUAGCUGUGGCGGCGGCUGCAGAAGCCCGAGCAGCCGCGGCCGCAGUGGAGGCUAGAGCCGGAGCGGCGUCGGCGGCGGCACCCCGGGGAGUUUAAGAUGGCGGCGGGGGGGGCGGCGGGCCUGAGGGAGGAGCAGCGCUACGGGCUGUCGUGCGGGCGGCUGGGACAGGACAACAUCACAGUACUGCAUGUGAAGCUCACCGAGACGGCGAUCCGCGCGCUCGAGACCUACCAGAGUCACAAGAAUUUAAUUCCUUUUCGACCUUCAAUUCAGUUCCAGGGGCUCCAAGGGCUUGUCAAAAUUCCUAAAAACGAUCCCCCCAAUGAAGUGCAUACCUUUAACUUCUAUUUGUCAAAUGUGGGUAAAGACAACCCCCAGGGCAGCUUUGACUGCAUCCAGCAAACCUUCUCCAGCUCUGGAGCCUCCCAGCUCAAUUGCCUGGGAUUUAUACAAGAUAAAAUUACAGUGUGUGCAACAAAUGACUCGUAUCAGAUGACACGAGAAAGAAUGACCCAGGCAGAGGAGGAAUCCCGCAACCGAAGCACAAAAGUUAUCAAACCUGGUGGACCAUAUGUAGGGAAAAGAGUACAAAUUCGGAAAGCACCUCAAGCUGUUUCAGAUGCAGUGCCUGAAAGAAAAAGGUCAACCCCCAUGAACCCUGCAAAUACGAUUCGAAAGAUACACAACAGCAGCAGCGUUUCCCAGCGGCCAUAUCGGGACAGGGUAAUCCACUUACUGGCGCUGAAGGCCUACAAGAAACCUGAGCUGCUGGCUCGACUGCAGAAAGAUGGUGUCAAUCAGAAAGACAAGAACUCCCUCGGAGCAAUUCUGCAACAGGUAGCCAAUCUGAAUCCUAAGGACCUCUCAUAUACCUUAAAGGAUUAUGUUUUUAAAGAGCUUCAAAGAGACUGGCCUGGAUACAAUGAAAUAGACAGACGGUCAUUAGAAUCAGUGCUCUCGAGAAAACUAAAUCCAUCUCAGAAUGCUGCCAGCACCAGCCGUUCAGAAUCUCCUGUAUGUUCUAGUAGAGACACUGCAUCUUCUCCUCAGAAACGGCUUUUAGAUUCAGAUUUCAUUGAUCCUUUAAUGAAUAAAAAAGCUCGAAUAUCUCACCUGACAAGUAGAGUGCCGCCAACAUUAAAUGGUCAUUUGAAUCCCACCAAUGAAAAAUCUGCUGCAGGCCUCCUGCCGCCCCCUGCAGCUGCUGCCAUCCCUACCCCUCCGCCGCUGCCUUCAACCCACCUGCCUGUCUCCAAUCCACCUCAGACUGUAAACUCUAACUCCAACUCCCCUAGCACUCCAGAAGGCCGGGGGACUCAAGACCUACCUGUUGACAGUUUUAGUCAAAACGGUAGUAUCUAUGAGGACCAGCAAGACAAAUAUACCUCUAGGACUUCUCUGGAAACCUUACCCCCUGGUUCAGUUCUACUAAAGUGUCCAAAGCCUAUGGAAGAAAACCAUUUGUCUCACAAAAAGUCCAAGAAGAAGUCUAAAAAACACAAGGAAAAGGACCAAAUAAAAAAGCAUGACACUGAGAUGAUUGAGGAAAAGGAGGAGGACCUUAAAAGAGAAGAGGAAAUUGCCAAGCUGAACAACUCCAGUCCAGAUUCCAAUGAAGGAGUUAAAGAGGGUUGCACUGCCUCCAUGGAGCCUUCCUCAACAAUUGAACUCCCAGAUUAUUUGAUAAAAUACAUUGCUAUUGUCUCCUAUGAGCAACGCCAGAAUUACAAGGAUGACUUCAACGCUGAGUAUGAUGAGUACAGGGCCUUGCAUGCCAGGAUGGAGACUGUGGCUAGAAGAUUUAUCAAACUGGAUGCACAACGAAAGCGCCUUUCUCCGGGCUCAAAAGAGUAUCAGAAUGUUCAUGAAGAAGUCUUACAAGAAUAUCAGAAGAUAAAGCAGUCAAGUCCCAAUUACCAUGAAGAGAAAUACAGAUGCGAGUAUCUUCAUAACAAGCUGGCUCACAUCAAAAGACUAAUAGGUGAAUUUGACCAACAGCAAGCAGAGUCAUGGCACUAGAGCUCUGCUUGGACCAGAAGAUGUGAAUAAACUUAAGCUUAUUUAUUUAAAAUUCCAAAUGAGUUGCUCUCAAAUUCUAAAAAAAUGAAACUUUGCCUGUUGAAAGUUUCAGUAUUAGUAAACUUGAGUUACCUUUUUUCCCCCCAUUUUACUUUUUGCUUCCUUGCAUUUUUGAAGCUGCUUUUUUGGUCCUUUUUUCCCCCUCAAGACUUGUGUUUGUCAAUAGAAAUAAUUUUUUUUUAGAUAUUGGGGAUCCAGUGUCUAAACUUCAAAUCAAUUUUUUUCCUUAAAAAGCUGUGUUUGUCAUUAGACAUGAUUUUUUUUUAAGAUAUUGGGGAUCCAGUGUCCACACUUCAAAGUUAUGUGUGUUUAAAAAAAAAAAACAAACAGUAACGUUCAAGGUGAAAUGCUUUUGGAUAAACAUAGGCCUAUUUUCUGAUCUUUCUUAAUGCGAACUCUUUGCCUUAAAUGGUAGACUAUUUAGAAAUUUGCACAAAAUACAAAAAAAAUUAAAACAUUGUUUUGGAGGGUUAAGAAAUAGAAAGGUGUAUGAGUAUGUGUAUGUGUGUAAGUCUGUAUACACAUAUGUAUAUACAGGCUGACUUAAUCUAGAACAGUAAAUCCGCCCUGCAAGUUAACCCCCCAUUGCAAUGGUUGCCUUAAGGUGUUUGCUAGUUGUGUACCUAGUGUGGUUAAUCAUUAGCUACACUGCUUCCCACUUGAGUAGAGUAGUGGGAAGCACACUGUGGCCUACCAGCGUCUGAAAGUGUGUGCUCGACCUGUAUGUGUGCAGAGGUGAUGUGGAUGUGAGCGUGCAUGGAGGAAAAAAAGCUGCUACUCGCAGUAGGCCAAACGCUCAGGUGAAACAACUGACGAGUGUUACUGUAGGUUUUUUCUUCCUGUCAAAUUACUACUUCUAUCGUGGAAGACAAAAGCAUUUCCAUUUCAACAGUUUGUCAGCUUUAUUAAUGUUGGGCAAAAUUGAUAUGUUAUGAAAAUGAAACAGAUCUAUAGUUUUGGGGCAAAAUUAUAAAAUUAAACGUGUAGGUAACCUAUUUAUAUACUGCUAUAAAGUAUUUUUUGAAGAGAGAUAUGCAAAGAAGCUAUUACCUACAUGAAAUGUAUAUUUAAAGUUUUUUUUCAUCCUGGGUACCAGGAAUAUAAAAAAGAGUGGAUAUAUUUAACCAUAACAUACUGUGAUUCAUCAAACAGCACAAACUUUCAUUUCAUGGAGUUUAUCUGUUGACGUUGAUUUAAACUAUCACUUAUUUUUCAUGUGGGAACAUAAGUUAUGUGGUCAAAAAUACAAGGAUUUUGAACUAAUGUUGAUUCAAGUUGUGUUGUCUUAUCGUAUUGUUUUUCCAAGUGCUGCCAGUUUAAAAGGGAAGCAUUAUGUUUACAAAUAUGUUUUGAAAUGUUUGCCAAAAUUUUGGUGGUAUCUUUAAUAAAGAUGUUUGUCUCCAGCAUCCAAAAAAAUAAAUAAGUAACUUUGUUGUGUAUCGCUGUAAACCAGAAAAUGUUGGGAUCUAGAAAACCUGAGAUAGCAUGUAGAGGAAAUUUUCUCUUUGGAGUUCUUCUAAAACUUUAACUGGAAAGAGUAGAUCAUAGAGGAAAAGUAUACAAUACAAAAGCUGAAACAAGACCCUGUGCACUAUCAUUAUCACAAUGACCACAGAAAUUUGAUUUCUAUGUAGUGUGGAACCCCUAGGGAAUUCGAUUUCUUUUAGCAUUGCAAUCCCUGGUGCUCUUCCUUUUACCUCAGAAUUGGUACAAUCAUUAUUAAAUGUUCAUUGAUUUCAAACUUUCAGUUGAAAUUUUAAAAAAAUAGGAAAGGAAACUUGGGUAAAUUUGGUCCUCAUAUCAUUAUGGUGGAGUCUCCUGAGAGAUUUGUCUGGUGUCAUUUCUUGGACAUCUUGACUUUUUAAUCAAAGAUGAGUGGUGUCUGUCAAAAGCAAGGUGCUUGGACCACUUGCAUCACCCAAAUUAGAAUCUCUGGAGAUGGAGCCUAGGUAUCCACUUUUUCCUCAGUAACCUCCAAGUGGCGUUUGCAAGCUGAAGUGUGAGAACCAUUGGCUUGAAAGUAACGCUAAACUUUUAGGUCUCUAAAUCUCAAAGUCUUGAACUGAAGUUCAACUGUUGGCUUUUUUUUUUUUUUUUUUUUAAACCCAUCCCUGUCAGCAGGUGCAAAUCACUUUCCUCUCUACAUCAUUUGAGGCACCCUCUCAAUUGUUUCACUGCCAACUUAUCUCAGAACUUGUUUACAAACACACCUUCGAGUUGGUUAAUUGUUAGCCUUUGGAGCUCCUACCCACCUACGUCAGCACAUCUUCUGGUUUACAAAUUGGGUAAUAAUGGAAGCUGGAGAUGCUUUAUGAAAAUCCAGCAUUGCACACCCAUAGACUUGACCACCUACCUAUAUAAGCCUUAAUUUAGAUGUUUGUUGUGUACAUUGGGCAGAUCCUUGCAAAAUAUUUAUCUGUCUAUCAGUUGCAAAUUUGAGAAUUGUAAAUCUCUGAAUCUGCUAUUACCCGAGGGUGCAUCUCUUUUGAAGAUGGGCAUGAGCCUAUUAAAAUAUUUAUAAUCAUUCUUCAUCUCUGACUGCAAGAUUUUUAGAUUCUCUCAAAUAAUUGCUGCAGGAAUGGGUGGCCACUUAGUAUCAAUUACUCUGGUAGAAUUUAGUUUUUGGGUAUUUUUUUUUUCUUUUUAAGAGAAAUAGUAAGUGUAAAACAGCAUUGUCAAGAUGAGAGAAUGAGAUGUGUUGUUUUUCAUCACAUUUCAUCCAAAAUAGUUUGAAGCACUCUUGAAGAUUUUUACCAACACCCAUAGAUUAAUGAGCCACUGAUUUAAUACAAACCAAAAAUAACAUUAACUUGAUGUGGUUUUGUUUUAUGUAGGGAUUUCAUUUCCUAUCUCGUUGGUUAUUUAUUUCCCUUGGAAUACUUUCAGUUCUAAGUAGUGAUAGAUGUUCAGCACUUGCUCUUACAAAAGAAACUGGUGUGGUCAGUUUAUAUCAUUACUCCACUUGCUGAUUUUUUUAAAUCCAGUAUUAAUUUUCCUUCAGCUCUGAUUGAUCUUUCAACCUUUAUAAGAGUUUUCUUUUCCCUUAAAAUAUUUCACUUUAUUAUGUAAAACAAAUGCAUAUUUUCAAGUUGGAAGCAAGAUGUUGAAACAAGGUUUAGGCACAAUGGUCCAUCUGUUCCGACACUCCGCCUGGCUCCCUCACCCCUUCCAUCAGCGCGCUCUUUGCUUCUGGAGCUUGGCAGGAACUCUUCAGCCAGUUCAUUGUCUUUCAGGCAGUGUGAGUGUUGAGUCACGUAUGUGUGGUUUUUGCCUUUACUACUUUUGAAGUUCUUACAGUUUAUUACUUGCCUAAGUGUUACUAAAUCCUUUUCUUGUGUACCGGAGGGGGGAAAUUAUAGCCAGUGCUUUGAGAGGAACCUUUUGGGAAAGGAUAUUAACCGAAAACUACUAAAUGAAGGCAACAGAAGAUGUUAAUGUCCUUUGUGACCUAAAAACUGAACAAGGCUGUCAGGCUCAUUUCAAAAUAUUUUGAAGUGUUAAAAAAGUAUAUAUACGUAUAUAUCUGCGCUGUUUCUCAGUUGUUCCACCCAAACCAUGUUAGGACUCUCGAAGGCAAAAUGUCACAGGGACUUGUCAGUUGUUAACUGAGCUCAGCAGCUGUGGUAGCCCCUGUUGUUCUACACCAAUUUCAGUUCAAUAAAAAUGUUAACUUUGCAA